AUGUCUAUUCUAGCAUACAAUGGUGGUGCUGUAGUUGCUAUGAAAGGCAAGGAUUGUGUGGCGAUUGCUACAGACAAACGCUAUGGUAUCCAGGCCCAGACUGUAUCUACAAAUUUCCCAAAAGUAUACCAAAUGGGUCCAACACUCUUUGUUGGCCUUCCUGGUUUAGCAACUGACACACAGACAGUGCAUCAAAGGUUGAAAUUUAGAAUGAAUUUAUAUGAACUAAAAGAAAACCGUGUGAUGAGACCAAAAACAUUCUCAGCAAUGCUUUCAAACUUAUUAUAUGAGAGACGCUUUGGUCCCUACUUCAUUGAGCCUGUCAUUGCUGGCUUGGACCCCAUUGAUAACAAACCUUAUGUCUGCAAUAUGGAUCUGAUUGGUUGUCCUAAUGAACCUGAAGACUUUGUAGUGUCCGGUACUUGUACUGAUCAGUUAUAUGGUAUGUGUGAAGCUCUGUGGGAACCCGACCUAAAGCCUGACGAGUUGUUUGAAACCAUUUCACAAGCAUUAGUGAAUGCAGCCGACCGUGAUGCCAUCUCUGGUUGGGGAGCUGUGGUGUACAUUAUUGAGAAAGAUAAGAUUACUGAGAAACAUGUUAAAACAAGAAUGGAU